CUCUUUGUAAAACCUCAUCGUGUUUGCCUUGCCAAAUCAUUGAGAUGAUUUUCUACUCGGCUGCUCAGCAUUCCAUCCAGGAGGAAUUCACCUACUCUGCUGAUAUCCUGUCCAUUGCUGCCCUGGCCUUGAGGUGUAUGAGCUUUGACAACUGCGACUGUCGAACAGAGAAGACGAUGUCAGCCUUGCAGAGUGUGGUGACGCGGAUCCUGUCUAACGUUCACAGUGAUGGGACAAUUGGAGACCUCAACACCACUGGCCUCGCUAUCCAGGCCCUGAAUGCGAAUGGGGACCUGGUUCCUCCUGGAUCCUGGGACUGUCAGCUAUCCAUCGGGAAGCUCCUGGAGGGAAUCUCCAGUGGGACAUUUGACAAUCCCCAAGCAGUGUCCCUUGUGGUUCCUGCCUUGGAAAACCGAACUUUCCUGGAUAUUGACAUGCUGAACUGCUCCACCGAUGUUGAUGACCUGCCCUUUGUAGCUCGAGGGGGACUGAUUGCCAUUGACCCUGUGGAUCCCACAGAGAUGUUCACCAUCUCCUCCGCCACCCUGGCGCCACACUCAUCGCCAAACACCCCCAUGAGUCCGUCCCCUGACCAACUCAUCACGGUCAACUACACCGUGAUGGAGGCCGUAUUUAACAAAUUCACCCACUCGCUGGUGCUGACGGUGCCUCUGGGGUCAUCAGUGUUGGAUGUAAUGAUGGAGGCAAAUUAUCGGUCACCUGCCAUCUUCAGUUUUCAAUCUGUUGAGACCCCUCAUGGUUCUGUUGUCACGAUGAUAAGUGGUGUAACUGCUGACCUUUUCCAGACUGAGUGGUUCUUUGUUACUGGACAGCACGUGUCCAUUAACCGUCUCGAAGACUACCAACCGUCUGAUGGAGAGACUAUCCUUGCGAUAUACACUUUGCGAAUGUUCCCAAGGCAUUGGCCUACUCAUUGAGACGCCUUGAAAAGGUCUGAGGAAAAGAAAUUGAUUGUCACCAUCAGUGGCUCUGAUUAUGAAACUCUUGUUCUCUGUAAUUUUUCUAACUGAUUUUAAAUCAUUUUGUGGAGGUGACCUGCCACACAGAGG